GUGGAUGUUGCACAACAUUAUUGCUGCGUUGGUCCCGGGAGUUGACUGCAUGAGAGGGGGAGAGGGGUGUGUUGCAGCUCGUCCGACCUAUGGCCUUGCAACAAUGGAGGUCAUGCGCUGGGCUCGAGUCUCGGAUUGUUGGCACCAGGUUGCCGGCUGAGAGAUUUCAGCUCUCGAUUGAGCAACGAUUGAUCUGCAAAGAGACCGUUUCGAGUGCCUGCACCACUGGCCUGCUUCGCUUGUGUUUUCUGGGAAUGAAGAACUGACGGAGUCUGGAUGUCAAGAACCUGGCAGUUGAAGGUCUGCAUGUCAGACCCGGGAAUGUGUCACUGGUGAUGAGGGGCUGUGACGCACAUGCUGCUCAGCUCAGAGUCGCAUCGCAGUGGCCCUCCGUCCCACAAGCAGCUCUAUCGAGUACAAUCGGAGGAAGUGAUCCUAGCUUGCCGAAAACUCGAGAUGUGCUUCAGAGCAGUGACUUGCACGAUUCUGGGCGUACUGCUAGAAGGCUGGCUGGCUGGCUGGCUGGCUCUACCGAGACUCCCAGUCCUGCAGCCAAAGCAGAUACAUUCCUCGCUGCCAGCUCUUUCACGGAGGAAUGUAGCUUGCAUCAAUCGCCCAAGAGAAUUCUGCACAAACUAUGUCAGCAUGAAAGCAGACAUCAAGCACUAGUUAAACUCCAAGUACAAACAUCCAGGUACUCAGCACACAUAUAAUCCAUCACACGAAGUAACCCACCAUUCUAUG